AUGGCUCAGCUUCAGGUGAGGCGUAUUGCAUGGCGUGGAAACUAAUUCAGCUGCUGACCUCAAAAGCUCGCUUUUGGAACGUCAGCGGAGACGUCAAUCCCAGCAACAGCUGCAGCAGCAGCACCAACACCAACGUUUGAUCUCCACAAAGAAACAGUUGGCUGAGCAGGUGCGCGUACAUACAUGGCAAUGCACGUCGCCGAGCGGCCCAGAUUGGCUGACAAUUAAAAGUGCUCGACUUUGCAGGCCACACUGACAGUUACACACAGCAUACAGGCAGUCAAGUCGCUGAUGGAGACCUCGGUAGGCUGCUUUACGUACUUGAGGUACGUCAAAAGCAACGAUGCACAGCUUGGUGCAGCUUUGCUGAUUCUCCAGACGUGUUGCAACUGUGCAGAGCGCUGUUUCCGGAAGAGAACUUCGAGGAUGCAACAGUUCCAGGGUGCAUUGAGCACUCUGAGCGACUAAAGAUAUCAGAGUGCUGACUGACAUCGUCGCAAAAUCCUACAGCGCAAAUACCAAGCUUGACGACCAAGGCAGGCCUAUUAAGACGUCGCGUGAUGGAAGCAUCAAGGUCAGCCCACUGCACACAAGGGUCCUGCAGAUUUCGCUCACCUGCCCCUGUGGCUCGAUGGCAGGUCAAAAAGCUGAAGCGAGGAUGGUCAAAGGAAGCCGAUCAGCUGCUCUCGUACUUGGAGGAGGGCGUGUGCGACGCCUUGCAGCGCAACUACCUCCAGUCCUUGGUGUUUGCUGUCUCCAUCGACAAGGCUCAUCCUAACGAGGUCAUUGAGGUGUACACGUUCAAGUGAGCAGGCAGAGCAUAGAAUGUGGAAAUCUCGCUUUUGUUAAUGCAAUUCGUUGUUGCUCUACGACAGCUUCACGUAUCGUGCGAUCAAAGGCAGCAAAACAAAGUUGCCCGUCCUUGAGAUGGUCGACAAGUUACGGGACAUAUCCAUCUGGAACGCGGAGCCUAUCGAGGCUCUGCCAACGACGCGCGAUGUGCGCUCUUCCACUCAGGUGCGACAUCAGUCAAAGAGCAAGGGAGAACGCAACGUACAAAUGUGUGUGGUAAAGCUGACUCAGCGCACCUGCGUUCACCAUCUAGUCGAUCAUCCGCUCCUUGAUCACGUUGACCCAGUCACUCAUUGACUUGCCUAGUGAGUAGGAGAACGGCACUGGUAAGCAGAGUGGACCCUCACGCCUUCUCUGUAUGCUCCAGGACAUCGUUAUCUGUAGGUGUUGUGGCGAGGAUAGCAGGCGCCAAGGCGGAAGUUGAGCACCAGACGUUGCUCUCAGUACUCUCAAGCUAUCUUACAACGACAAUUGUCCGCCUGAAUACGAGGUAGGUUGCUCUUUUCUUCACUACACGGCGUCUACGACCUUACACUUGCUCAAAAUCUCUUCCUUUGUCCCUAGCCUGAACACUUCAGGGCCGCAGAUCCGAAGCGCGAGCAUUUUGUAUACACAACUCAGGGGCUAUCGGAUAGAGCAGAGCAGGUAGGACGAGCUCGCUUGAGCUUGUGUGCGCAUGUAUGCUGACGUGGAUUCUUGUCCAACCCCAGAUGCAGGUCGGCUGCCUACAGACGGGAUAUCACGGCUUAAAUCUCCACGUCGGCUCUAUUGCACACCUCCUCCCAUCCCCCGAAGAGGUCAUGGAGAAGGGUCAAGGAAAGUCGCUAGCGGAGCAGAAACAGAUAGAAGAACAAUCACAACUACAGAGCGCUAUGGCGCGUGUCGUGAUUUGGGAUGCCGAGGAGCAAGCCAUUCCUCAAGAGAUGGAGAUCAAGUCGGAAGAUGAGGCAGAAGAAGAAAUACAAGCUUUGAUGACUCCUUCGAGACGCGCCAAGGCUAUACAGAAUCGUCAACGUCGCAAACGCCUCGGUUUCGGUCGACCCGAACGUGGUGCUCCUCUCGGGCUUCGUGAUGCGGAAGGCAAGAUUGGCCCGGUUCCACCCUCGGCUUGGCAGGUGGCUCAGCGCCGUGCCGAAGCUCGCGAACGAGGUCAAAGUUUGGAUGACAGGGACGAUCUUGAUGACGUCACCCUCUUCGUAGCCAAAGCGAUUCAGCGAGAACUGCACGCAACGGACAAUUCAAUCAAUCAAGCCUUAGAGCAGAAUUGCAGCAGUCCUGGUUACACCAUGUCAAUCCCAGCGACGCAGCUUUUAAACGCUUCGUUACUGUCCACAGCGUCUGAUCGUCAUGGAGACUUGGUGCACAACAAAGAGAAUCACAUUUCUGAGGCGGCUGUUCAGAAGGCCCUGCCGACGCCGUCCUUUGAUAUCAAUGACUACCUCGCGUCGCCUGGACUCCAAUCACCUUCGGUUUCAGCAUCUCCCACGCCGAUGCGUACUCACAGUGGCGCGCUUCAGUCCGGCCGGGCGGAUGAACCUCCCGAUCAUGCUCUUUCCAAGAAUGCCGCAUCUGCCAAUCCAGGUGCAAGCUUGCCAAGUCUAUCGCAGGCUGAGCCCUUCGAGGGCGCCGCCAGCGGGUCUGACCAGCUGUCUCAAACGCAAACGCAAGCGACGCUUGUUCAGUCCCAACGAGUACCGACUCGUUCAUCGACUCGUCUGCGAAGCAUGCCAAGGGCGCCGCGUACCAAGAGCCCAACUUUUGCUGCACCCAUCAAGCACACAGCUGCUGUCAAGACAUCGGGGGUGGAGUCUGCAUCAGCCAACGGGCAGGAUGAAGAUCCGGCGCUACGAUUGACCCAAGUCAUGCUUCAGUCUCGUCACAAAAAGAGCAAAGGCUGCAACAAAAAGAAGCAACAAGGCCUUCAAAGUGACGGCGGCUUGGUGCGCUGUGAUUGCAAGCUUUAUGAGGUAUGCGAAGAUCGUCGAUGUGAAGCCGGCUGUGCGCCCAUCUGACGAGACGCCGCCCGCGAUCAGGAUGAUGGCUUGAUGGUCCACUGCGAUCAGUGCAAGAAAUGGGUAAGGCUCGGCUGCACCUGAGAAGAUGUCGUAGCACACUUCAGCACUCACUCUGCAAGUCUCUCGUUAGUUCCAUGGAGCCUGCUAUGGCUACCUCAGAGACGCCGAUUUACCGGACAACUUCGUCUGCUAGUGAGUCAUGCAAUGUACUGAUUGCAGCUUGGCAGUCUCUGUUGCAGCGCUGAGCCACUGUAUCGUGCUUCAAGCACAUGCUCGAUUGCGAGCGACCCCCUGCAUACAGUUGAGCAGGACGUCCUGCGCGAGAGCGUGCUGGCAGAGCUGGGCUCCCUUGCGCUAGUCCGCCGCGCUUUGUUCAAGCUACACGAGAAAGGAUGGGACGGGGUGGGAAACUUCGCAAAGCGUCUCGGGUGUGCUCCGGCGACAGCUGCCCUCGUGCGCGCGCAAUGUCAGAACGAGGGAUAUCUGGAGGCGACUGCGAACGCAAAGCCCUUCAAGCGACUGACGCCGGGUGCGGUGAGUCUGAAGCUAUCCUUGAGGAUUGCGUUGCUUGAAUACCACAAAUACUCACUGCACCACCCGCUUCGUCGCAGCUCGAGGUAGUCAAGACCGCGGGCAUUGUGCGCAAGAAAAACGCUAGGUAUUUCACGCCAAGAGGCGGUGCCGAGGCGGAGACCUUGAGAAAAUGGAAAGUCGCGUGUCCUACCGCGAAGAUUACCGGCUUUGACGAUCUUCAGGGAUCCGCGAUUGAGAAAGACGCGUCGCAGAUUACAGAGGACAUUGAGAUGGCCGAUAAUUCGCAGUCUAUCGUAAGUUUGUGUUGGCUUGCGCGCUUUGUCGCUGCCGUAGCUGAUAGUGCGCAUCGGUGCAACGACAUCCAAGCCCGAACUUCGAUCGCAAGUCGAGCAGACCUCUGAUCAGGUCAUGGCUGAGCAUGAUUCGAUCCAGGCGUCGCCAGAAGUAGCAGGCGCACGCUUGCCAUCACCGCUCUAUCCAUUGCAACGACCGAUGGGAAGUUCAUCAUCGUCAGCUAACGCAUUCCCGCGACCAACGUCUGGCGAGAUGUCACUCGGUCCCACCAGCACGAUCCCUUCGAGCACGGCCUUCCGCCCACUCUCUGAGCGCAGUCCCAACGAACGCAUAUCUACGCCUUUGCCACAGUCGCAGGUUGGCAAGAGAGUUGCACCAAUCGAUGAUCACGAAAUGAACGACAGCACUCCCAGUAUUUUCCCUCCGCGCCCACUCAAAGUGCAGAAAGCGAGCUUGUCGAUGCCCAUCGAGCUCGAUGACCGCGAUUUUGAUGUUUAA